AUUCAGGAAGAAAAAUUUUCCCAUGGCUCGAGACUAUUCCCUUUUGAGGUAGCUUCUGAGAGAGAAGAAAUUCAGCUCUGAGGGGGCUUUAGCCUGAGCUGCAGCCACCCACAUGACCUCUCCUUGCCCAGCCACAGCACAUGAUCUAAUCCCUGAGGCCAGAGAUCUGUCAGGGAAGGAGGAGACCUCCCUGACUCUGGACUAAAGCAGACGAGGGUUGCAGAUCUCUGCACACACCAUAGAUCACACUUGGCAAUGGCAUCUCCCAGGCUUGAGACCUUCUGUUGCCCCAACCGGGAUGCAGCCACACAGCUGGUACUGGAUUUCCAGACCCGGGUGUUUAAUGGGGUGUGCCUUGGGAGUGCCUCCUUCAACUUGUUGCUCAGUGUGCUACAGCUCCUUCCCAAGAGGAGCCAGGGGCCCAAGAAGCUCCCCCAAACUUCCUCUGCCACCAUCCUGCUCUUCAUCUCUGCCUGUGAUUUUCUGGGCUGCCUAGGUAUCAUAUUCAGGUCUACAGUGUGGUUAGGAUUUCCAGAUUUCAUUGGAAAUAUCUCAGUGGUGAAUGGAACAGAUGUGUGGCCCGCUGCUUUCUGUGUAGGGAGUUCGAUGUGGAUCCAACUGUUAUAUAGUGCCUGCUUCUGGUGGUUGUUUUGCUAUGCUGUAGAUGCCUAUUUGGUGAUAAAAAGAUCUGCAGGAUUAAGUACUAUUCUGCUCUACCAUAUAAUGGCAUGGGGCCUGGCAAUCCUCCUUUGCAUUGAGGGCAUUAUUAUGCUUUACUACCCUUCUGUCUUCAGUUGUGAAAGUGGCCUGGAACAUGCAAUCCCCCAUUACGUGACUACCUACGUUCCACUCCUGCUAGUUUUGUUGGCCAAUCCUCUUCUGUUCCGAAAGACAGUUAUGGCAGUGGCAUCUUUACUCAAAGGAAGACAAGGCAUCUACACAGAGAAUGAAAGGCGCUUGGGAGCAGUGAUUCAAAUUCGUUUUUUCAAAAUUAUGCUGGUGUUCAUUAUUUGCUGGUUGCCGAAUAUCAUCAAUGAAAGUCUUUUGUUCUACCUUGAAACACAGCCAGAUAUCAAUGGAAGCUCCUUGAAAAAUGUUAGAAAUGCAACCCUGAUCACAUGGUUUACUAUGGGAAUACUUAAUCCACUGCAAGGCUUUCUUUUCUCCUUGGCUUUUUAUGGCUGGACUGGAUGUCACCUGGACUUGAACUGUCACAAGAAAGAGAUACAAUGGGAAUCUAUGUCGACCUCAGCUGUGGAACAUGCCUACACCUCACAAGUUGGCUCCUCCCUCAACUAUGAAAACUAUGCACCCAAGAAGACAGUGGUGGUGAAUGGGCAUAAUUCUGAUGAGGCACUAGGCAUGCUGUCAGAAGGUUCUGAUGCCAGCACAAUUGAAAUUCACAUUGCAAGUGGGGCCCAAAACUUAAAUGCUGCUGUUGCUGCUGCUGCUGCUGCUGCUGCUGCUCCAGAGGGAAGCAAGGGGAAAUCAUGAAUGGCAACUGUUGGAGGGCCAAGAGGCUCCCAUCCCAAAUUCCUAAGAGCAUUGCCAAGGUUUCCUGCUCUUUGGAGCAACGUCUCCUUCCCAUCAGCUUCACUGCCACACUGUUACUAUUACCUUCACCCCCUUCCCCAUUCCCCUGCUUCUAAAAAGUUUCUAACUUUUCCCUCACUCAAAAAAAAAAAAAAUCACUUUCAGGGGAGAUGAAUGAACUGUGCCUGGAAAUAGAAGAGCUAACUUGAGCUUUCCCUUGUAAAUGAGCUGUGCAUCAUCUUAUCUCAGCAAUGUCACUCCCAGGCAGUUUUCACAAGCUGGCUAGAAGCCAAGAGCUUGCUCCAAAUCCUUUCCUGGAAAAAUAAAGUGGUUUUAACUCGGCCUGCAAGGUUUCCAGUUUUCUUCAAGGACAACCUUACAAGGAAGCUUGUCUGGAUUGACCCUGGUCAUGAAUGAGAUUACAGUGAUGACAAACAACAGCAACACAGUGUAUUUUCAGCAAGAUAAAUCAGAUCAUGGUGGAAUUGUAGAUCAUGGUCUCUGUGCUACCAUAUUUGGUGGGGGAGAAGAUGGCUUGUUUUGAUGACAAAGCUAGUUUUUGUCCCUGACACCGUCUUGAGCAAUAAUGUUUUCAGAAGGACCCUUAGGACCUCUCUAUAACUAUGAUCCCUGUAAUAUUAACUGAUAGAACCAGGAAGAGAGUGGAUCCCAUAUUAGCCAGUUACAAAGUAAAAAGCAGUACAGAAACAGGGGAGGUCCUGGGAUCAAAUCUUGUCUCGGACACUUCCAAACUGUGUGACAUUGGGCAAGUCAUUUAACCCAGUGCCUAGUCCUUAUUGCUCUUCUGCCUUGGAAUCAAAACACAGUAUUGAUUCUAAAACAGAGGGCAAAAGUUUUUUAAAAGAUAUAAAGGUAAAAGAGAGCCCUUGCAGAAAUGCUAGAACAUGUAUGUUGCAAAAUGAUAAUUUUAAAAAAUUAAUCAAAAUAAUAG